AUGGUUUGGUGGAGGAAGAGGAAUAAGAAGCUAACAUUAGCGAGAGGCGCGACGUUGUUAGAAGAUCUAAUCGAAUGUUGCGAUGGCAAAUUCAAUCCUAUCAAAUUCUUCUCUGCUGACGAGAUCAUCAAAGCCACGAACGACUUCAAUGAGGAGUCUAAUGGUAUUUCUGAACUAGAUGAGUAUUACAGCGAAUGGUAUUCAGGUAAAACCAAGAACCAUGAGAUGAUGAUACUCAUCAAGAAACAUGCCAACGAAGAAGAAACCUUUUGCCGCGACACAGCGGUUUCAUCGAUGGUGAGUGGUCAUAAAAACUUCAUGAAACUUGUUGGGUGUUGUGUUGAGCUUAAAGAUCCAUUCUUGGUUUAUGAUGGUGUAAAGAAACAUUCUAAAUUCAAGAUAAGUGAGCAGCCAUGGAAAAGGAGGAUGAAGAUAGCUGAGGAUAUCGCUACUGCUUUAGCUUACCUUCACACCGCGUUCCCUAGGCCAUUUGUGUAUAGGUUUUUGUGUCCUUGGAAAAUCUUGUUAGAUGAAGAUGGUGUAGCUAAGUUGAAUGAUUUCUCUUUAUGCGUUUCGAUCCCGCAAGGGGAAACAUUUGUAAAUGUUGAAGGAAUGCCAAUAUUUGGUUCUAUGGAAUCUGAGUACCUGAAAACUAAUGUAGUCUCUGAGAAAACUGAUGUGUUUGCGUUUGGUAUGUUGAUGCAACAUCUUCUUGUCGGAGAAGACAGAUUUUGGAAGAUUUGGGUAAGAGAAGAAGGUAACAGUGAAGUGUAUGAAGAUGAUGAUGACUCUUUUCAAGUUAGGCUGUUUAAAUUUAUGGAAAAGAGAGGAAUCAAAGAGAUUGCAGAUCCAAAGAUGCUAGAAGAGAUGUGUUGUGAUAGUUCAGAGUUAGAGCUUUGUCAAAUGAAUGCUUUCUUAAUGCUCUCACAUAGAAGUAUUGGUUUUAAAGGGGAAGUUCCAACAGCUGUGGAAGUGGCCAAAGAAUUAAAGAAGAUCCAAAUCAUGACUCUCUCCACUGUUGUUGGUUCAUGA